AUGGCUCUGUUUUUCUUCUUGAUCUUUGCCUUUUGCACCGGACCUGGACUUCUAGAAUCUUCACCCAAAGUGCGACUGGUGAGAGGUCCCCAUCGCUGUGAAGGGCGGGUGGAAGUGGAAAGGAAUGGCGAGUGGGGCACUGUGUGUGACGACGGCUGGAACAUGAAAGACGUGGAAGUGGUGUGCCGGGAGCUGGGCUGUGGAGCAGCCAAGGGGACACCCACUGGUAAUUUAUAUAAGCCAUUGGCUGACGAAAAACAAAAAAUCUUCAUCCAAGAAGUCAACUGCAGUGGGACAGAAGAUCAAUUGAUUAACUGUGACCAGCUGGAAGAUGUUUAUGAUUGCUCCCACAGCGAGGAUGCAGGCGCAAUAUGUGAGAGUGAGCAGCAGAAACUUAAUCUUUCUUUUCCCACAUUGCCAGAGACCGUGAGGCUGGUUGGUGGACGUGGCCGCUGCAAGGGGCGCUUGGAGGUGAAGCACCAAGAGCAAUGGGGCACUGUGUGCAAAGCAGGCUGGAAUCUCUCAGCUGCGAAGGUGGUGUGCCGGCAACUGGGGUGUGGGAAGGCCACACUGAUCAAAAUAUGCUGUAACAAGGAUACCCAGGGCCAAGGACUCAUCUGGCUGAGCAGUGUGUCAUGCUCAGGACAGGAAGAAAACCUUCACUAUUGCCUUUCUGGGCUUGAGGGGAAUAAUAACUGCACCCAUCAUGAGGACACAUGGGUUGAAUGUGAAGUAAUGCCUAUAAAUCCCUUUGAAUUGAGGCUGGUAAACGGAGACACCAACUGCUCUGGGCGACUGGAGGUGCUGCACAAGGGCACAUGGGGCUCUGUCUGUGAUGACGGCUGGGGGACAAAAGAGGAGCAGGUGGUGUGCCGGCAACUGGGUUGUAGAAGGCCAAUCUUUGUACCUGCCAAAUUGCGGAGAAAGUUUGCCCCUGGAGAUGGGCGCAUCUGGCUAGAUGAUGUUCAUUGCAAAGGGCAUGAGCAGUCCUUGGAGCAGUGUCAGCAUAGGUCCUGGGGGUACCAUGACUGCAACCACAAGGAAGAUGUGGUCGUAUUCUGCUCAGUACCUUCAGUUCCAUGUCCUCUCCCCAACCUGGUCCUCAUGCUGCUGAGGCUCCUGCUGUUGAUCUGUGGUGAAAUAUGUGUUUAUUUCUUCCCUCUAGAACUGUUACUGAUAGUCAGCCCCUCUCCGCCCAUAGAGGGGAAAACAAUGACCCUGACUUGUAAGACCCAGCCCCCUCCACAGAAGUUGGAUGCCAAGCUCCAGUUCCGCUUCUACAGAGAUGGUCGGCCCCUAGGGCUGGACUGGAAUAGCCUCCCAGAAUUCCAGAUUCCUGCCGUGCGGAAGGCAGACUCAGGGUCCUACUGGUGUGAAGCAAAGAUAACAUCUAUCAAAGUCAAAUUGAGCCGAAGAGUCCAGAUAGCAGUUCACAGAGUCCCUGUCGGUAACGUGAGCUUGGAGAUACAACCUCCAGGUGGACACCUGAUGGAGGGAGAGAAGCUGGUUCUUGUGUGUUUGGUCACUGGGGGCACAGGAGAUAUUGUCUUCUACUGGUUCAGAGGUGCCCGGGGUUUAAGCCUGAAAACAAAGACCCAGCGUUCACUGAUGGCAACAUGUGAGAUUCCUGCAGUGAGAGAGAGUGACUCUGACCAGUAUUACUGUGCAGCUGACAAUGGCUAUGGCCCCAGCCUCAGUGAGCUAGUGAGCAUCACUGUCAGAAUUCCAGUGUCUCGCCCUGUCCUCACCCUCAGGGCUCCUGGGGCCCAGCUGGUGGUGGGGCACAUGGUGGAACUUCACUGUGAAGCCCAGAGAGGCUCUCCGCCGAUCCUCUACCAGUUUUAUCAUGAAAAUGUCACCCUUGGGAACAGCUCAACCUCCUUUGGAGGAGGAGUGUCCUUCAACCUCUCUCUGACUGCAGAAGAUUCUGGAAACUACUACUGCGAGGCCAACAAUGGCCAGGUGGCCCAGCGCAGUGAGGUGGUACCACUCAACAUCAAAGUUCAUAUGGAAGACAGAAAUGAAGUUCUUACUUCAGGAAUCAUUGAGUUGCUGCUUGGCAUCCUUGCUCCCACCACUUUGGCCAUAUUAUUUUGCUGCUGGCUCAAGAGAAAAAUAGUUGCAGGCAGACGUACAGCCAAGGAUGCAGUCAGGAGCAUUCCCAAUCCUGUACCCCAAGAAUCCAACUACCUCAACUCACAAGCCCCAGAGCAACUACACCCUGACUAUGAAAAUGUGAAUAUUGUAAGUGGGGAUGAGGUUUAUUCUUUGGUGUACUGUGUGCAACAGGAACAGCCAUCAGCAGCAGAAUCACCCCCGGGGAUACAUCCUGGGGAUAAGGACCCCUCAGCCAUAUAUUCCAGGCUGAAGAAGGCAGAUCUUACAGAUAUGGACUAUGACGAUGUUAUGUAG